AUGCCGUCCCCAAACCACUUGAUUAUCGUCUGCUGCCACGGCGUCUGGACCGGCGGCCCUUCCAACGGGUUCAGCGAAGACGAGUGGCUUAUUGCCGAUUUCCAGCGCGGCGAAACGGCCACGUUUAUCGAGCACAUUAAAGCCGGGCUUCGGUGCCUUGCGGAGGACUAUGACAAUGCUAUGCUCGCAUUUUCGGGCUAUGCCAACAUUGCUUCUUCCAACAACUUCUUCAACAUCAUCCCCUCUACAAAGAAUCCCUCGAGCAAAGUCCUGAUUGAAGAUCGCGCGCUGGAUUCCUAUCAUAAUGUUCUCUUCAGCCUGACGCUCUUCUACACUCGUUUUCACACUUGGCCUGCGCACUUGACGGUUGUAUCGCACGCAUUCAAAGAGCCGCGUCUCGUCAAUGGCCACUGCACGGCUAUUGGGUUUCCCCUGGAAAGGACGGCGUUUGUGGGGAUUGAUCCGCCUGGAAUGACGAAUGAGGAGAAUGUCGAUGGGAUGAAGGGCGUUGGGCAGGCUGUGGAUGAUUGGACGCGGGAUCCGCAUGGAAGGGGGGAGGUAUUGGCGGGGAAGAGGAGGAGGAGGAAUCCUUGGGGCGUGUGGCAGGGAAUCUUCAAGGAGAAGGGUGGUGAUAAGGGGGGACUGGUGACGGAGGGUGAGGGUGAGGCUGAGACCCUGGUUGAUGGUGCGCCGAGGCCGUGGAAGUGA